AUGCUCAAGGACAUCCUUCCAGUGGACCCAACCACUGGCUCCGCAUCUCCAACCUCCGGGUUCGGCCCUACUCCUCCAGCGACCCCAGUCCCUGGCACCCCACCUCCGACCUCCGGGUUCGGCCCAGCCUCUCCAGCGACUCCGGUCACUGGCCAACAACCUCCAGUAACACCCGUUCCUGGCCCCAGGCCUCAGAGAGAGACCUCCGAGAUGACCUCAUCAGGCGUCACCUCAGCCCAGCCGGACACCAAACCUGGACGGAAGACCACCAGGAAGGGACCAAACUCCAAAAGGAUUUGGUGCUUCGACUCCACGACCACUUCUGGGAAGUACCGGGCCUACGAGGACCAGAGGCAACAGGACCCACUUCGCCAGCACUCGUACUGGGCCGCGUUCGAGUCGGGUACGCCAACGAACUCCCAGUAUUGGGCUCCUUCGAGCUACGGCUCGGCCUCUCCCGUGGGGAAUCUUCCCCCCCGGGCUGAUUCUCCGGCGAAUACAAGAAGCCAGGACCGACCAGGGUACUACACGUACGCCUCGUCCCCAAGCGCAGCACCCACAUCAAUCCCUGCUGCUGGAAUCACGCUGCCAGCCGAGACCAUCGCAGCGAUUGCAGAACUCCUGACUGGAAAGAGGACCAUCGCCUCGGCCCGCUCGGCCGAAUCACGGGACCCUCACUAG